UAACACUUUUGCCUCCCCCUUUUCUUCCAUCACCUUUAUCUUUAACACUUUGAUCCCUCAGCAUCUUUAGGAGUUUAUAUUCACAGCAAUUCUAUGUGCAAGGUUUUCAAAUCACCGCCAUUAUAUGAAUAAAAAUCCAACUUGGUCUCUUCAUAGAAUCCCAGAAGCUCCUCACACAACAAUGGCCAAUUCAGCUUCUAAAUGCCUCUUCUUAUUCUUUCUGUCUUUCCUCUUUAGCUGUUCAUCAGGAACUCUGGUAGGUUUCUCCUACCAUGUUAGCGGAAACACUACAACUUCAUCACCAAGUAGAACAAUAUCAUUUCUGAAGCGAAACAAGAUUGCCCCAUCUCAGAUUCGAGUCUUUGUUGAAGAUCAUAGGAUUUUAAGAACUCUGUCCAACACUGGUGUAGCUGUUGAUCUCUACUUGAAUGAGGGCCAUGUUCAAAAUAUCAUAAAUUCCAAAUCUUCUUCAAUCUCAGGGCUGAAAUCCUAUAUAAUGCCCUUUCUCUCACAAGUAAAGAUCAAAAGCAUCGUAGCAACUAGUGGUGACUAUACAAGAAAAUAUGCUCUCUCCAUGCUUUUAUCCACCCUGAAAUCUACACACUCAGUCCUCUCUAGUUUACCUGCUGACCGCAGAAUUAAGGUCUCGGUGGCAUUUCCUUUGUCAUUUUUAGAGAAUAUGAGCACCUCACAUGGAAGAGACCUGCAUAGGAUUUGUGACUACAUCAAACAAGUGAAAUCUGCUGUCAUUGUAGAAGCCAAUAUUGAUGGAGAAUUGAGUAUGGGUGAAAGGUUUGUCCAUUCGAUGAUCGAAAGAGCCAGCCUUGCAAAUUCUCUUCUUCCUUGCACUGAUGUCCCCAUAGUUUUGACAGUCAAGAGUCCAGCAGUUCCCAGUGCAACUGAAGUAGCUGCAUUCGCCGAUAAGGUGUCCAAAGUUUUAGAAAACAACACGUACAUUAUAAGUAGCAUAGUUGGUCUAUAUGCACAAGUAUCUUCAAUGGAAGAUUUUGCACAGAAAGAGACGAAAAGAGCAGAACAACAGAUCUUUCCCUCUUUUCGCCGAGAACUCUCAAGAAACUUCCACCUCAAGACAACUUUACAUGAAGCAGAUGACUCACCAACAAUCUUCCCUACAACUCCCAUAUCUACAACACCACCAAUAUCCACCACUCCAUAUAUUCCCACCCCAACUAUUGUCACUGUCCCCUCUACAAACACAGUACCAAUAGCUCCAUUGAAUCCUAUACCCUCCACCACACCUAUUACUGUGCCCUCCACAAACCCUGUGGAUUCACCAGUACCAGAAGCCAAUCCUACCACAGCACCCCCCAUCACAGUCCCAGGGAAUCCAGUAAUAACCAACCCUGUCACAACUUACCCGGCACCAGCUGGAGUCGUUCCUGUCACAACACCUGUCAUGAAUCCUGUGGCACCUCCUGCAACAAGUACUAAUGCUCCUCCUGUCACGAAUCCGGUGGCACCCCCUGCAACAAGUACUAAUGCUCCUGCAGUUCCAGGACAGAGUUGGUGUGUGGCCAAGAGUGGAGCAUCGGAAACAGCAGUUCAGGCUGGUUUGGACUAUGCUUGUGGGAAGGUAGACUGUUCACAGCUCCAGCAAGGUGGAAGUUGUUACAAUCCAAAUACUCUCCAAAACCAUGCCUCAUAUGCAUUCAACAGCUAUUAUCAGAAGAAUCCAGUUGCAACUAGCUGUGACUUUGGAGGGGUUGCCACAAUAGUUACUACUAAUCCAAGCACUGGUUCAUGUACUUACCUAUCAUCAUCGUCGUCAUCAUCAACAACCCCAACACCAACAACUCCAUCUCCUCCAGCAUCAUCAACUCCAACUCCAAUACCAGCAACAACAACUCCUCCAGCACCAACAUUUACAUCAUUUCCACCACCAGGGGAAGGUGUAUCAGGCUCUGGUACUCCACCCCCUUCAGUUUUAAAUUCAAGCAACCCAGCAGCUUCAGGAACCAUGCCACCAUUUGGGCUCGACAGCCCUCCUGGUUUUAACAGCUCAACAUCCUCUUCAGCUAGCUUGCGGCCCUUUGUUAGUUGCAUCUUUUUGGUAACAGCCUUGGUUACUAGAAAAAUCGUUCUUAACAUGUAGAAGUAUAACCUCCUCCUCUCCCUGUAAGGUUACUUCCAUCUGUUCAAGCUAUGUAAAUAACUACGUAUGCAAGCAAUGAAGCGAAGAAAAUAGAGGAAGCAUGUUCUGGAUGAAAGCAAACUCUUCUACAUCUAAAUUGGGCUGCUAUGGGAGUAUGAAACUACAGUGUUACUCGUUGAGGUUGGGAGGUAUUAUAGAGUUUUGUCAUCAUGUAUAUCAUUUGGUUGAUUAUUGUAGUUCUUUGUAGUGAGCUCAGAGUAGUAGAUUUAAAGUUUAUAUUGCUUCAGAAAUGUAUUAACAGAGCAGUGGUACUGAUGACCAUUCAGUUUCUAUGAAACGCCAAGAAUAGACCAAAUCGAGGUAUGACAUGUUGAGGCAAUAUGCAUUUACUAUACAAUGUAGUAGUUAUAUGUUGGAUUUUGAUGGAA